GGCUGGGGUUGGGACGGGGACGGGGUGCGGGGACGGGAGGAGCCGGGCUGCAGGGAAAUGGGGAGUGGGUGAAGGUGAACGGUGGUGGUGCAGGUGUCGGUGCAGGUGCAGGUGCAGGUCCCGUUGCCGAGGGUCGCCGCAGAGAUGCAGUUCUUUGGCCGCCUGGUGGAGAGGCUGAACACCGUGACCAACCUCUUCGCCAAUCCUUACCGGGUGCGGGAGGUGCCGUUGUCUGCGUAUGCGCCUCAGCACAGGGUCAUGGACGACGGACAAGUGGUGCUCUACAGAACCGCCCAGUCCUGGGACUGCUUGCUCAUCAAUCCAAGCGCACCUCACAAUGCUUUGAGGUUGUUCCAGUUGAGCUCUGAAAUAGAGGCAAGAACCGUCUUCGUGCAGUUUGCAGAGAAGAUCAGGCCAUUCUACGAGAUCUCGCCGGAGUCGCUGAAACUGGACACGGUGCAGCAGCUGACGGACUGCUUGCGAAGCCACCCGACCUGGCCCUUGGCCCACGUGGCUGUGGAGAUGGGAAUGAAGGACAGCUUCCGUCACAAUCACAUCAUGCGCUGCAUCAACGACACGGAGAGCGAGGAGGGCAUCACCCCUAUCCACCUGGCCUGCAAGAAGGGCGACGUUGACUGCGUCCGUGAGCUUGUGGAAGGCUGCGGCGUUCGCUUGGACGUGGCGGAUAAGAACAGCGAGACGGUCUAUCACUACGCUGCCACGCAGUCGAACUGUCAGAUCAUCGAGUUGUUGAGUAAACAGCAUUCUAUCGGAGUGAAUCACUUGAGCAACAAUGGCGAGACGCCACUUCACAUCGCUUGUCGGUUGGGAAAAUCUGAUGUCGCCAAAUCCUUGCUCCUCUGCCAAGCCAGGUGCAACAUUGCUGGAUCACAGGGGUAUCCCAUUCACACGUCCAUGAAGUUCAAUCAGGUUGGCUGUGCCGAGGCGAUUCUUGAAGCCGAUCCGAAGCAGGCCCAUAGUGCGGACGCUCAACAUGGGGGAACUCCUCUUCAUUGGGUCAAAAAAGCCGAGAUGAUUCGGCUGCUGAUGGACCACGGAUGUAGCUUGAACUACCUGAGUAAGACUGGGGAGACGCCCUUGCACAUCAUGGUGAAACGCGAGCGUUUCGAGUGCGCUUUGGCACUGCUGGUGCACGGGGCCGACACGAACGUAAAGGGACAGAGUGGUAAUACUCCUCUUCAUCUUGCCAUGAAGCUUGACAACUUGGAUCUCAUCAAGGCUCUGAUUGUCUUUGGUGCUGAUGUGAAAUCCCCCAAUGACUUUGGAGAGACGCCUGGCUUAAUUGCUGCACGGCACAGCAAAGGCAAUAACCGGAAGGUGAUGCUGAACCUACUGUAUAGUAUAGGUGUUGAAUGCUGUUACCCGCCUUCUGAUCCCCCCACCUCGCCAUCUAGACAGCCAGCAAGACCAGCCCCUGUGAGAGGCAACACUGGAUUAGGAUAUGAUGACAUUGUAGGGAUUGCCACUGUGCUGGGGUCUUUAACCAAGGGCUUGGACUUUCCAGAUGCUAAUGGCGACAGACAUCGAAGAUAUGAUCGCUUGCUGUGCCUGGACGGAGGAGGGAUCCGAGGUCUGGUCCUGAUUCAGCUGCUGAUCGCUAUUGAGCAGACAGCGGGGCAGCCCAUUCGCGAGCUCUUCGACUGGGUAUCAGGCACCAGCACUGGGGGCAUUCUGGCUCUCGCCAUUGUACACGGAAAACCCAUGCAAUACCUGCGUUGUCUCUACUUCCAUAUGAAAGACAAGGUCUUUAAAGGAUCCAGACCAUUCUCAUCCAUUCCACUCGAGGAGUUUUUAAAGAAGGAAUUUGGGGAGAAUACCAGGAUGACGGAUGUGUUAAAACCAAAAGUAAUGGUGACCGGAACCCUGGCCGACCGGCAUCCUGGGGAGCUUCACCUCUUCCGUAACUACGACCCUCCGGAGUUGCUGCACGACCCGCCCUUCUUGCCCACUGCAGAGUUCAAGGCCCGCACCCAGCCCAAAGACCAGCUGGUGUGGCGAGCUGCUCGUUGUAGUGGUGCAGCCCCAACGUACUUCCGGCCCAUGGGCAGAUUUCUGGAUGGGGGGCUUCUUGCAAAUAACCCAACACUGGAUGCAAUGACUGAAAUACAUGAGUACAAUCAGAACCUGAAGAGAAAGGGCAGAGAAGGUCAGGUGAAGAAACUAGGCAUCGUGGUUUCACUUGGAACGGGGAAACCCCCACAGGUGCCUGUGUCUUCUGUUGAUGUGUUUCGUCCAUCCAACCCUUGGGAGCUGGCCAAGACUGUCUUUGGUGCCCGCGAGCUGGGCAAGAUGGUGGUCGACUGUUGCACUGAUUCUGAUGGCAGAGCUGUGGAUCGAGCCAGAGCUUGGUGUGAAAUGGUGGACAUUCUAUACUUCAGGCUGAACUCUCAGCUGAAGACAGACGUGAUGCUGGAUGAGAUCGACGAUGCUAUUUUAGUCAACAUGCUGUGGGAUACACAAAUCUACAUCCACCAGGAGAGGGAGAGAAUCAAAGAACUUGCCCGCCUUCUGUUAAGUGCUUGAUAUUUGGGGAAUGAAGAUCGAUUGUUGACUAACUGACUGAAUCAGUGACUAAAACGUAAUACCGUUGUCGCUCGAACUGCCAGAAUUCUUUACCCUUUAUUUAAUAUUUAUUCUUUUUUUUAACACUAAAUAAUGGUACCUUGCAGCACCUUAACCCAAGAAAAACACAGAAUGCCUUCGAGAGUUUGUGUAAGAAGGAACUGCUGAUGCUGGUUUAAACCAAAGAUAGGCACAAAAAGCUGGAGUAACUCAGCGGGACGGGCAGCAUCUCUGGAGAGAAGGAAUGGGUGACGUCUCUCCAGAGAUGCUGCCUGUCCCGCUGUGUUACUCCAGCUUUUUGUGUCUGCGUUCGAGAGUUUGGUGCCUUGCGAAAAUGAAGUCAAGAAGAAACGAAGAGGAUUCUGGUCAAUAGUUCUUCUUCUUCUUGUGUGUGCCGUGCACAGCCUCUAACAACACACCACGUCUAUUUGUUUGUGCAUGUCGGGUUGAUUGCGUUAGUCGAAACAGGGUGGACCACGUGAAGGUUGCAAUCUCCCACCCCUGGUCAAUAAUGUGAAUCUAACAUCAGUCUUUUUCUGAUUUAUUUUAAUUUUAAUGAGUCUUAUUCUGGCUG